GGCUCUGGGCGAGGCCGCCCCAUCCCACCGGCCGCGCGCCUCCGUUCGUCCGCGGCCGCAGUGAAGCCGGCGCUGCCCGCUUCCUGCUGCGCCCCAGCAGCGCCGCCUGGUCCGCUGCUAUCCCCUCCCCCCCUCCCUCCGAACAGCGGCUGGAGCCUGCGAGGCGGGGCGGCCGGGCCGAGCGAGAUGAACACGGUGCUGUCCCGGGCCAACUCGCUCUUCGCCUUCUCUUUGAGCGUGAUGGCGGCGCUCACCUUCGGCUGCUUCAUCACCACCGUCUUCAAGGAGCGCAGCGUGCCCGUCAGCAUCGCUGUUUCCCGGGUCACGCUAAAAAAUCUAGAAGAUUUCACUGGACCUAGAGAAAGAAGCGAUCUGGGAUUUGUCACAUUUGACAUUACUGCAGAUCUGCAGAGUAUAUUUGACUGGAAUGUUAAACAAUUGUUUCUAUAUUUGUCUGCAGAAUAUUCAACGAAAAACAAUGCUCUAAAUCAGGUGGUGCUCUGGGACAAGGUCAUGUUGAGAGGAGAUAAUCCAAAACUGUUCUUAAAAGAUAUGAAGUCAAAGUACUUUUUUUUUGAUGAUGGAAAUGGUCUCAAGGGAAACAGGAACGUCACUUUGACUCUCUCCUGGAAUGUUGUACCAAAUGCUGGCAUUCUACCUCUUGUAACAGGAUCAGGACAUGUGUCUGUACCCUUCCCAGAUACCUAUGAAACAACAAAAAGUUAUUAAAUUAUAGUACUGAAUCCUAAGCAAGAUAUUUUUAUAAUUGUAUAUUGUGAAUAAAUUUUAUUGCGGUUUCUUCUCAUACCACAACCCUUCAGUGAAAGGUACCCAAUUUCCUCAGGCCUAACAGCACAGGAAAAGGAAAUGAAAGUUCAGGGUUGGGUUUUUUUUUUGUUUCGGUUGUUUUUUCUCCUGGACAUUUGGGUAUUGACCUCCUUUUCUUUUAAAUAAACAUUUUUAAACCAGAA